AUGUGUAGGGCCCAUUUUACAUCACUUACUUCGAGGACAAACAUAUCACAUAGGAUAGGAGUACUACUAUCAAAAUUCUUCAUUCACGGGCUUUCUUCACAUAUUUUGUCCAAUUCUCCAUACUUUUAUGAGGAUUUACUGACAAAAUUUAGUUAACAAAAGAAUUUCAUCAACCACAUAGUCCCUUGUUUCCUUUUGCUUUACUACUAUAUGCUGACAAAACUCAUACAAACAUUACCAUCAUCCAUAUCCUAGAGCCCAUGUCUUCUCUCCCGCCGGCCACACUACCAGAAUAUAAUGGCGGAAUUCUAAACUUUCCGGUACCGGAAUUCCCUGGACCGGCCCCAAUGCCGAUAUCAAUACCUUCAAUACCACCAUCAUUAUCUCCUAUAUUCGACCCAGACUCAGACCCAAACCCAGACCCAGAACCACACCCACAUCCACAACCGCUCCCGCAAGCAACGCCAACCGGAAUCUCUACGAGGCCCGAAACCCGGCCCAUAAGUGAGGCACCCCCAUUCUUCGUAAGCCCAUUGACGCCUAAAAGUAGUACUAUUACAACCCUUGGACCGCCAUCAUCACUUCCAACUUCUGCUGUUCUUCCUUCAUCAGCACCUGUUCCAACGCCGGUCCCACAGUCUCCAAAUGGCGGCGCGUUGAUUCCAUUCUCAACGGAAUCAUCUACGCCGCCUCCCAUACUUCCUGGGACAACGUUAAGUCCUCCUGCAGCUCCUCUACAUGGUAGUAUCAAUGGAGUCUUAACAUCAACUUCAUCAGGUGAUCAUCAGAAUAUUAAAACUACUGAUGGGUCUAAUAAUGUAGCCAAUGGGUUUAUUAUGGGGUUGGCUGUUGGUGGGAUUUUGCUUCUGCUUCUUGUAGCUGUUUUUGGCCUUCUGUUUCUGUUCUGUAAGAGGAGAUAUAACAACAAUUCUCAUAAUCAUGGUUCUUCUAGAAGAAAGCAUGCUACAAUAUUUAGUGAUUUUCAAGAGAAAAAUUCACUAUCACAAUACACAAAGCGUGGCUCUAAUAACACUCAAGUGCACCACAAUGACAAUAUGAUCAAUGUAGCCACUUCUAAGGGUUCAAACAUGGCUAUCACUAAUGGGACCUCAUUGACAUUUGUGGGUCCCACCUUUUCAAGCGGGAAGUUCACGUACAAUGAGUUAAUGAGAGCGACCAAUGGGUUCUCCGAUGAGAACCUAAUUGGACAAGGCGGUUUUGGGUACGUGCACAAAGGAGUACUUCUAAAUGGGAAGGAGGUUGCAGUGAAACAGCUGAAAAUUGGAGGGCAUCAGGCAGAUAGGGAGUUCAGAGCAGAGGUUGAGAUAAUAAGCCAAGUUCAUCAUAAGCAUCUUGUUUCCUUGAUUGGAUAUUGCAUUGCUGGUGCUGAGAGAUUGCUUGUUUAUGAGUUUGUAACUAACAAUACCUUGGACUUCCACUUACAUGGAAAAAAGCAACCAGUGAUGGAUUGGCCUACUAGAAUGAGGAUUGCAAUAGGCUCUGCAAAAGGAUUAGCAUAUCUACAUGAAGACUGUAGUCCUACAAUCAUUCAUCGAGAUAUCAAAGCUGCUAAUAUCCUCCUCGACUUUAACUUUGAGGCAAAGGUUUCCGACUUUGGACUGGCGAAAAUUUUCUCGAGUUCUAAUCCCACUGUUACCCACAUAACCACUCGAGUUAUAGGAACUUUUGGGUACUUAGCCCCAGAAUAUGUAUCAAGUGGUAAAGUUACUGAUAAAACAGAUGUGUAUUCUUAUGGGGUUAUGCUCCUUGAGCUUAUAACUGGCCGCCCACCCAUCACCAACUUCGAAUCUGUCACCAAUGGAAGCUUGGUUAAUUGGGCUCGACCCCUGCUAGCACAAGCUAUUGAGGACGGAAAAUUUGAUACUCUAGCUGAUCCCAAAUUGAAAAAUGAUUAUAAUGUUGAUGAAAUGGCUAAUAUGAUUGCCUGUGCUGCCGCUUGUGUUCGUCUUUCAGCUUGGCAUAGGCCAAGAAUGAGCCAGGUAGUGCGGGCUUUAGAGGGGAACCUCCCAGCAUCAGACCUUGAUGAUGGAACUAGACCCGGGCAAAACGCGAUGCAUCUUCCCAACGAAAGCUUAGAUUUCGAUGCACGAAACUACAUGGAAGAACUAAAGAAUAUGGCAUUGACAAGCAACAAUGAUGGGUAUACAAGUAGUUCUAGUAGGUACAGUGAGGAUACUAGUGAAUAUGGUCUUAAUUCCUCUGCCUCAAGCACUGAUUUUAGUGAUCCUAGUAUUUUAAGAGUCUGAUCUUAAUAUUCACUUCGAAUUUUUCAUUCUUUUUCUUACAAUUUUACAGAAAUUCUUGUUUAAUUUGUUCUUUGUUUCUUUGUUUUGAUUAUGGGACAUGGGAGAAGGGUGAAAUGGCUUGUAUUAUGUGAAGAUUAGGAUUACUGAAAUUUUCUUGUAAAUGUUCAUUUAAUAAAUCAAUGUAGAUAAUCUUAAUUAUUUCAGUUUGCAUAUCAGUGAAAUUUUCUUGUAAAUGUUCUUUUAAUAAAGA